AUGAAGGUAAAUAUAGAUUCCAUUACUGAUAGUAAAAAAAGACGCACUUUCCGAGCUUAUUUUGGUGGUAAAGUUUCAUCACUGCUAACUAAAACCCAACAAAAGGAAUUAGAAGAAAGCAAACUUCAUGACAUACUAAGAAAAAGAGGAAUUAAUCUUGAUGUGGGCAAUUUAGAAAAAAGUUAUUGCCAAGAACAUGGCUGCUGGGUCUGUGGUUAUGAAAAUCUGAAAUGGAAAUAUCAAAAUCAUUCAUCAGAUGAAAAAAUUAAAGACAUCAAGUUAAUACCUGAACUUGGAGAAGAAAGUGUUUGUUCGUCCGAUUGCAAAAACAAAGCUGAUAAGGAAUAUGAAGAAGCAGAGGAAACAAAACAAGCAGAAAAAGCAAAAUUAAUAGUAGAAAUUACUAGAUUAAAUCUUGAAAUAGAUACUGAAAUAGAAAAUAGUUUUGCUCCCUUUUAUAAUAUUAUUAGAGGAACCACCAUUAAUAACUUAAAAUUAAAGUUAAUCAGGGAAGAGAUAAAAGAAGAGGAAUUUAUUAAUAAGGCUAUAACUUAUACUAAUGCUCUUCCCUUAGAAACACGAGAGAAACAAGAAAUUAUUAAAGAAGUAAACACAGAAUUGGGUUAUUUUUCCCCGCAAGUAGAUUUGAAAGAAUUACCAACGACUUACCAUAAUUUUGCAAGCCUAAAAACGCCGGAGUUGAGAAAAGUUAAAAGUAAAAUUAUUGAAGCGAUUAAGAACAAGCGAGAAGAAAAGAAACUUCUUGAUUUUCUUGCUAAAGGAGCUUCCUGUGCUAACAAUGAAUUAUUGAGUUUUAUUCGGAAUUUAGAAAACGUUGCUUCGGUUCAUGCUUCUCAAUAUGAAAAGAGUGCUUAUUAUAGUCAGAAAAAUCAAGUAGAUUCUUUAUUAAAUAGGCUUCAAAAGCGUUGGUUAAAAGAGGGAGAAAAUUUAGUUUUGUCAGAUACCUGUCCUUUUCGUAACUUCAAGGAAGAUAUAAAAAAAUUACGCAGCGAAAGUGAAAUUGAAAACAGGCAAGGGCAGGCGUUUCAACACGUUAUAGAAAAAUUCAAAAAAGAUGUUAAAAAUCAACUUGCCCGAGACAAUAUUAGACAAGAUCGAGAAAAGAAUUUGGAAGAGUUUAUAGAAGGAAAAAUUAACAAGUUACAAAAUUUGUUGGAGAAUAAUCAAGAAGAAGAUUUAAAGGGUUUAAAUAAUAAAAGUGAAGUUAGUGCCGUUGCCAAAAAAAUGGAAGAAGAGAUAAACGAUGCUGUUAGUCAUGCUAAGAAAUAUAAAAAGGAAGAAAGCGGACCGAAUUCAAACGGGCGGUUUUUUACCCAUUGA